UUUUCACAUUCUCUGGCAUUCAUUAUCAUCGUAUUCUGUGGCUGGCAUUCAUUAUUGAAAACGCGCAAAAUGCAUAUAAAAAUAUACACACAUACAUGAAAACAUACACACUGGGCACAGUAAACUUUCAUAUUCUUGUUUUAACUGUGCAUUUAAAUUUGACAUACAGGGACAAAUAUAGAGAAAGGUUUUGGGAUACCCACUUCUAUUGAACAGGUUUGAGUAACACAAAUCUUAAUGCUAUAGCAUAUAAUGAUAUCCUAGAGCAGGGGUCUUUAGUGUUUUUCGGGGAAGAGACACCUUAGAUGAGAGAGGCAUGGAGCAGGAACCCUCUGAUACUAAAUGCUUUAUCGUAUUAGGCACAAUGCAAAGUGGAGUAAAGUACAAUUACUGACCAAUCAGAAUCAAGGACUGGAACUUAAUUUUAUAUCGUUUUAUAAAUAUAAACAACAUAAUAUGGCUGUGUGACAAUAUGGUUUAAAGGUCACAUUCUUCAUUAACCCAUUUUUUAACCCUAGUUAGUGUGUAAUGUUGGUAUGCGGUAUACAGAUAAGUAAAUUGUGUGAAAAAUACUGCUUUUUUUUACACGCGAAACAUGAACACGUUAUAUUGCCCCCUAUAACCACAAUCAAAGCUUCAAAAACACUGAAAUAACAUGAGCUUUAAGACAGCACAUUAGCACCAUUAUCCUGUUUUUGUUGGCAGAGCAACUUUUCCAUUCCAGCAUGACAAUUCCCAAAGCAAGGUUCAAAAAGAAAUUAUUGAUUUAGUCUGGUGUGGAAGAACUUGACUGGUCUGCAUAAAGCCCAGACCAAAACCUAGCUGAACACCUGACUUGCAAGGUCUGAGCCAAACUGGAGAUUUCAAAUUGCCCUUUUCUUGGUGUGUUUAUAUGUGUAUAGUUUAUGGACUGUGGAACAAAACCACAUACUGUAAUACCCAGAGUAAACCAAUGCUGACACAGGGAGAACAUGUAAACUUCACACAGAAAGACCUCCUGACUCACCCAGGGAUCUGGUGUCUUCUACAGCAGAACCAGGGACCUUCUUGCUGCAACAUGCACCUGUGGGGCAGUGCUGCAUUUACAGUGUGCAGCCACACCUGUGUGCUACAUAUGCCAAGAUGACAGCAACUCGUUAUCCCAGAUCUCUUUGCCUACAGCAGCCACGUCCGCGCUCCUGGCUGACACUGACCUGGUAGAACAAUCCUCUAGAUCUGCAGAAUGCUCUGCACUACAACAGGAAGAAACAGUUAUGGCCAUGUUGGGCACCAUAGGAAUACCUAUGGCUUGUUGCACUGAGGAAGAGAUGGAAGAGGAUGACAAGGAAGAAAAGAAGCAUGAGCAAGACAACCAAGAAAGACAUAGGGAAGAUGAGGGAAAGGUGGAGAAAGAAAAGAAAGUGUACAAAGUUUUAGGAAGGCUAACGUCACAAAGAAAGUGUUACGAGGUAGAUGAAGAUGAGUUGAGGAGGAGGGUCAAAGGAGAAAACAUGUCCACAAACAUGUUUCGAAUGUUAAUAAGGGUCAACAAAAAGGAUGUUCCACCCAAUGUAUUGCAGCAGCCUAGAAAGGCAAAGACAAAGGUGACAAUAUUCAGCACCUUAACAGAGGGAGAGGCAGAAGACCUUGCCAAAGGCUUUGGCAUGGCACUGGCUAAACAUGUGCCCAAAGAGAAGCUACUUACUGGGAUACCUGAAGACGACAUUCCAGCAACGCUGCGAAGCAUUGAAAGAAUGAAGAUUAACAUGCAAAACCUAGGACCUGAAUCUGAGCUGGAUUUGGCCACUCACCGCUUUGGGCCCACAGCAGCUGAUGUUUUCUUUUCUUUUUUAGAGGACUCUAUAAAAACUCAGAACCCAGAAGGGACUAACAUGCACACAUACAACACUACCAUCCCAGAAAUGUAAUUAAGAAUUUUUUUUAAAUCAAAAUCCACGUGACACUUUUUGUUUUGUAUUUUAUUUAGCAUUGGAGACAAAUACAUACAUACAAAAAUAAUAGUCUUUAAUAAAUGCGACUUUGUUCAAACCUUGA